AGGAGGAACAUCCAGAGGAUUUAGCUUUAGACUCAGACUACGCAGGACGUGUGAGCUACACAGAGAUGACAAACUUCAGCUCGACUCUUACAAUAACAGACCUGAGAGAGAGAGACUCAGGGGAAUAUCGCCUCGUGUUCAUUACGGAUAAAGGAGAGAAAUAUCUGAGCUCAGCUGGAGUUACUCUAACAGUUACAGACCUGCAGGUGACCCACGACUCCACACAACAAGCUCUCACCUGCCGCACUUCCUGUCCGCUGACCUCUACUGUUCAGUAUAACUGGCACAAGAAUGGAAAAAUCUUUGAGAAAUACAGAGACAACAUGGAAACUUUCUCUUUAAGAACCGCUGAAGAAGGCAGUUACUCCUGCUCUGUUCACGGCUAUAACGAUAUUCUCUCUCUUCCAGUGUGUGUUGGCAGGAGCUGUUAUAGUGUGACCUACAGAGACAAAAGAGUCUGUGCUGUGGAAGGGUCUUCAGUGGAGUUUGCUGGAAGUUACUCACAUCCCAGUGAUCUGAGUGUUAGAGAAGUAUUCUGGCAAUAUUUUCAGCAUGGUAAAGUCUUCCAGGACCUGAAGCAGGAAACACAGUUUACUAAUCGAGUUGAAUAUGUGAAACAAGACAAAAGCAGCACUUUGAGAAUGAAAAACCUGACAAAGAAAGACUCUGGAGAAUAUUGCCUUAGAUUCCUUACUAAUGGUGAAGGAUUCACUGGUAAACCUGGAGUGAUCCUGGGUGUUACAGAUCUGCAGGUAAGAGCGAGUCGCUCUGCAGUGGCAUCAGAAGGACAGACUACAGUAACGCUGAGCUGCAUCACCUCCUGCACUCUGUCUAACAACCCCACUUACAUGUGGUACAAGAACGGACAGCCUGUUACUGACAAACUCACCAAACACAACAAGCUCUACCUGAACUCCAGUGAAGAUGCAGGAAACUACUCCUGUGCUGUGAGAGGACGUGAGGAUCUCCGCUCUCCUGAACUAACUGUGACAUGUGCUGGCAGGAGCUGUUGGAAUGUGACCUACAGAGACAAAAGAGUCUGUGCUUUGGAAGGGUCUUCAGUGGAGUUUGCUGGAAAUUACUCACAUCCCAGUGAUCUGAGUGUUAGAAAAGUAUUCUGGCAUUAUAUUCAGCGUGGUAAAGACUCCAAGAACCUGAAGCAGGAAACACAGUUUACUAAUCGAGUUGAAUAUGUGGAACAAGACAAAAGCAGCACUUUGAAAAUGAAAAACCUGACAAAGAAAGACUCUGGAAGAUAUCAACUUAAAUUCCUUACUAAUGAUGGUAAUAGAUUCUCUGCUGAACCUGGAGUGAUUCUGAAUGUUACAGAUCUGCAGGUAAGAGCGAGUCGCUCUGCAGUGGCAUCAGAAGGACAGACUACAGUAACGCUGAGCUGCAUCACCUCCUGCACUCUGUCUAACAACCCCACUUACAUGUGGUACAAGAACGGACAGCCUGUUACUGACAAACUCACCAAACACAACAAGCUCUACCUGAACUCCAGUGAAGAUGCAGGAAACUACUCCUGUGCCGUGGGAGGACGUGAGGAUCUCCGCUCUCCUGAAGUAACUGUGACACGACAGAGACAUUUGCGCUUUGCAGAUUCCUGGUCACAUGACAAGCUGACUUAA